UUUCGGAGAUUGCAGCGCUAUUCCCUCAAGGGAGCCUCCCCACCCCCCCAAAAAAAGCGAGCCUCCCUCCCGAGCGCGACAGCUAGGGUUCCUAGCAGCCGCCACCGCUGCCGGCCCGCCGCCGCGCGGCGCGCCCAGCCGGCCGAACCCUCCGCUGCCCCGCCACCGGUACAGGAUCCCAGCAGCGCCUCCCUCCGUCAAGCAGCCGCUCCCACCAGCGGCGCCCCCCUCCCUGGAGCAGGCGCUCCUGCCCAGCAACGCUGCCGCCCGGAGCUACGCCGGCGACCAGUCCGUAGGCAGGGCAUCAACAUUGUCAAUUGGAGGGGCUUGGAACUGCUUCGGAAUCCACAGUAGAGCAAACACGAAGGAUAAUGGCUCAUCGUGGACACCUAGAUGGACUAAUGCGCCGUGGUGCAUUCUCUGGAGCCGGCCUCUCUGGCCGCCAGCCUUUGGAGCCUUCUCCUGCCACCAUACUGGAGAUCCUGGAAAACAAGCUUGCCGUGCAGACCGCAGAGGCAGAAAAACUUAUCCGAGAAAAUCAGCGAUUGGCAGAUAGCCAUGCAGCCUUGAGAAAGGAUAUUAUUGACACUGAGACAGAAAUGCAAAUGAUUCGCACCCACCUAGGUGAUGUCCAGGUAGAGACUGAUAUGCACAUGAGAGAUUUGGUGGAGAGAAUCAGAUUAAUGGAGGCAGACAUACAGGCUGGUGACGCAGUGAAGAAGGAACUUCACCAAGUGCAUAUGGAGGCAAAGCGACUUAUUACUGAAAGGCAGAUGCUUACUAAUGACUUAGAGGCUACGACUAAAGAACUACAGAAGUACUCUGGUGACAAUAGUAACCUUACUGAAUUGGUUGCGGAGCUAGAUGGUCUACGGAAAGAGCAUCACAGUCUAAGAUCUGCCUUCGAGUAUGAGAAAAACACAAACAUCAAGCAAGUUGAGCAGAUGCGGACCAUGGAAAUGAACUUGAUAACCAUGACUAAAGAGGCGGACAAGUUACGAGCUGAUUUGGCAAAUGCUGCAAACAGAGCACAUGCAGCACAGGUUACACCUCCACAGCCUGGGACAGGACAAGCUGCAGCGGCUUCAGCAGCCACAAAUCCAUAUGCAAGUGCAUAUACCAGUCACCCCUCUGCAUAUCAGCAAGGAACUUCCCAAGCCGCGGCAUACCAGCAAGGAACUCCCCAAUCCGCGGCAUACCAGCAAGGAACCCCCCAAUCCGCGGCAUACCAGCAAGGAGCCCCCCAAUCCGCGGCAUACCAGCAAGGAGCCCCCCAAUCUGCGGCAUACCAGCAAGGAGCCCCCCAAUCUGCGGCAUACCAGCAAGGAGCCCCCCAAGCCGCGGCAUAUCAGCAAGGAGCCCCCCAAGCUGGAGCAUAUCAGCAAGGAGCCCCCCAAGCUGGAGCAUAUCAGCAAGGAGCCCCCCAAGCUGGAGCAUAUCAACAAGGGACAUACGGUUACCCAACAGCCUAUGAUUCUGCCACCGCUUACCAGCUGCAUGCUAAUGCGUAUGCUAGCUAUUCUGGCUAUCCAGUUGCAGGCUAUGCACAACCCAGCUAUCCUGGCACGUACGCUGCACCUCAGCAGCACCCAGUAGCCAGUGGCGCGGCUACUGAUACCACAAGCGCGUACGGUGCCGCUGGCAGCACGGGAUAUCCUGCUGCACCGGUUCAGGCAAGCAGCGGGGCUGCUAACGCGGGGCAAGCGGCGCCGCCAGCUUCUUAUCCUGCAACAUAUGACCCAACCAAAGCAGCCCAGAGGUGAAAUCCGGGGUUGUAACCUGAAGAUGGCCUGUGUGCCUGCAAAUUUUAUCAAAAAAAUUCUCAGGCCUCUUAUUUCCUUCAUGUACAUUCAUUCACUCACUGUAGCUUUAUGCACACCAUGGAGCCGCUGAGAGUCGCAGCUUAUGGUCUGAGUCUUGAAUUGAUUUGUAUCUCUUGUUUUGCUUGAUGGUUGAAUUGAUAGGCGCAGCUGUUGGUUAAUAUCAGGGAUGUUAGAAUGA